UUCCAAUGACAAGGGUUUAUCUUUUUUUAUUUCAUCGAAAGCAAGCCUGGCAACAGUGGCUUAGCAAAAAGAACAAUUUAGACAUACCGGGAGAUAGUGAGCAAAUUCUGAAGCUGUGGGAAGAAAUUGCAGAGUCACCGUCUGAAGAAAAAUUUUUAACUGCAAAACAAAACCUUCAAUCUCAUGAAUUAUUAACUAGAAAUUCUGGUGCACUUUAUUAUUUUAAUAAGCAAUGGCGUUCAGUAUCUGAAAGGUGGGUGAAGGCCUAUGAGGACAAGGAGAAUUUCUUCGCCACUAUAACUACUACUAAUGGUGUUGAAUCACUAAAUAAAAGAGUGAAACAUUUUUUUCUUAGACAUUCAGCAGAUAAAACAUUGGCAGGUGUUGUUAAAGUUUUAAUAAAUGAUUUCCUCCGUAGCCUGUUUAAAAAAUAUUGUCUGAAGAAUUCAGCUGUGAAAUCUUACAGCAGAGCGAUUCCUCACUUCUUGCAUAACAAGUCACACGAAUUUGUGAAUCACGUAAUGAAAAGAUAUUCUUCAGCGCAAACUGAACUUACCGAAAGCUCAGUGAUAGAAAUGGGUGAGGGAUUAUUUUGUGUAGAAAGUGCAGAGGCCAAGGAUUGUUACUAUGUGGUGAAUUAUGCAAAGCCUAAUUGCACAUGUGAAGACUUCCGAAGGUGAAAAUAUCCAUGCAAACAUUUCUGCGCAAUUUUCAUUUAUUACCCUGGCUGGGACUUUCAUAGUUGAAUGACAGUUACAAGAACAGCCCUUUAAUUUGUCUCGAUGGGACCUUUGGGUUUGGCUCGAGCAGCAGUUGGUCUGAAUCUGCCAGUCCUGUAUUACAAAGUUCAGAGGAUACCAGCAGUGAGGAGGCAGUAAACCAGGUCAGUGACAAUCCCAGAAGCUCAAGUUCAUGAGAGGAACAAGAUGAAAGGCAGUUAGCUAGGCUGGUUAUAAACCUGACCUACAACUGUAGAAACAGAGAAGCAAUUGCUAGAACACUGAAGAGGCUUCGAGAAUGUGUGGACCACUAGCUGGUGGUCUUCCAUUAUCAGGAUCAUAAAAGUGGGGCGUGUGCGUGUGUUUGCUUUGAUAAUGUUUUGUGAGGGAAAUUCAGCUUCUUGGUGUACCACAUACUGCCUAAGUCUCGUAAUCACACUGUAUGAAAAUGGAUGGAAGGUGUAAGAUACAUGCUUUGCUUGAACAGCUGCAAUUUGAAGUAUCCUACCUCUCUGCUUCAGCAAAUUUAGCUCCAAGAAUAUGUAAGUUAAAACAAAUUUAUUGUGCAUACAUUUUCUAAAACUAAUUUACUACAACAAUAAUUAUUGAAAGAACUACUUAUUUGCAUUGGUGCCCAUACCAAUCACCCUGGACUAAAAGAGGAACAUAAAUAAAAUACAACUCAGCCCCCUGAAUCAGUUAGGCAUGAACACAGCAAGACAGCCAGUAGUAUUUAUUUAAAUUUAAUAAACCAGUUGCUGAAACCAAUUUGAUUUUAUAUAAUUGGUGCUAAAAUCUUGGUCAGGGCCAGCGAUAGUCAAAAUGGCGUUUAGCAACGCGACAGUUUUGCGUAGCCAGAAGAACGAUUCUUUGACAUAUUCAAUGAGAGACAAGAACAUACAUAAUAUACUUCUAGUGCUGAAAUUGUAAAGCAUUGUUAUGUUUUCUGUUUUUCAUUGUAUUCAUGAGUUUUGAGAAAUAUUUUGUGAUAAGGGGCGUAAGCUAUAAAUUACUGAUUUCAGUGAUUGUUCUGCAUGAUGAUGUCAUCUGCUUGUGUAUAUCUCAUGGAUUAAUUGCAGAGGCAUGAAAAUGUCAGAUGUGAUGGUGAAAACACUCUUAAAGACUAAGUGGGUGGAAUCGUCUGGAAGUGCAGCAUAAGCCUCCACUUUGAGUAACAAGAUCAAUGUUUUUUUUUUUUAAUUCCAUCGUGGAAGAAGGUAGGUGGGUUAGUAUUCAUUGAUAGUUGCACAUGUGAUAUAUUAAAAAGCACCGUUCCAUCUACCUUCUUCCAUGAUUUAAGUAAAAAACAUUGAUCCACUAACUCAUUGUUCUUGUGUACAUUGAUUGCAUACCAACUCACUGCUUUCUCGAAUACACCUUGGGUUGUGACACUGAACUCAGUUUUCAGAUGCUAGCACAGUUUAAAUAGCUGUGACUCAAACAGGGAGCAGUUAAAUAUGAUUCUUGUUUACAACAAUGUUUCAUCCUUUCUUUCAAAUGUAUGACAUUGAAAAAUGUAGUCUGCCUACUGCCAUCUCAUUGGCUGUAUAACACAGCUGACACACCCUCUUUUGUUCCAUUAUUCUUCACAAGAAGUGCUGAAAACAUUCCUGCACGAAAUGUAUAAGUACGCCACUGGCCCUAUUCUAGAUAUUUCACAAUAGUUGGUUCAAAACUUGGGCUGCUUCCUCAUAACACCCAUUGUCUAGUCUUCAAAAGUGCCAGCUGCCCCUUCCUCCUCUCAUAGUUUGUCCUACCUGAGCAAAAACUUUUCCUGUUCUAAUAAUAUGUGCCUUAUAAACCUUCCUGCAAACAAAUUCUCUCUCUAUCUGCCCUCAUUCCCUCCACCUUAUAUCAAUACAGUUUUUUCCCCUUCACUACAUAUUACUAUAAUUACUGAAAGGUGAAUUUAGUAAGUAUGAAAUCUGCGUUACAGUGCUUAUGAGGAAUUAUCCAUACGGAAGUACCGUAGUUAAGAAUUGUCGGACUUGAAAAAAUCGAGAAAUAUAGUAAAUCUUGGUAUAUUAGUUUUCAUGACGUUUACGCAAUUCACAAUGAGAAUAAUUAUGCAUGGCACUGAAACUUUGCCAGAUGGCUUGGAUUGCAUUAGGUACAGCUGUGAUAGACAAUUGUUUUCCGACGUAGUGGACAAGUGUUACUGUUUUUCUUUCGUUGCAACGGUUACUCCAGAGUAACCGUUUGGCCGACCUCUAUACCAGAGUUUGAAGUUUAUAUUGAAUUCCAGCGUAUUGACGAAAGCGUUCGGACAGGCUCAUGCGGAAAGCUUAUUUAUUAUCAUUGUAACAUGGUAUAAUGUUUUGAGGAAAUUCUUCGCAUAAUGGUAAUCAUUGGGUGGAAACGUUAUAUGACGAUAUGUUCAUGGAAUUUAUUUUUACAUCUUCAAAUGUGUUGUACACAGUUAUGAAAUAAAGGUUACGAAGAAUAACAUUGAAAUAUAUUUACACUCAUAUAUAGCCUGUGGUUAACAACCAGUCGUAUUUAAAAAACUGUGUGGCAUUCAUAAAGUUAAAGAGAUCUCUAGAAGCGAUUAAAUAGCGUAACAAUCGGAACACUAUUCGUAUUUAUGUCUCGCAGAGGAAUGUGACAAGCACUUGGCUAGAGGACGUGGCAACAGCUGAUCGUAAGUAGCAGUUUCAGGCACAAAUCGAAUUACUAGACAGAUGGGUUAAUUUUUGUCUUAUAUGUCGAUCCACAAAUUUAAGAGCUUAUAAACCAAAAUAAAUAUAUAAAUAAGUAGCCUCUGAGAGAGUAGCACGCACAGAUCACAAAUUAAUGCACAGAUGGUUUUAUUUUUAUCUUACAUGUUUUCUAAACUUAAGAGCGAAUAAACCGCGAGGAUGUAGAUGUCAUAUACACCGUAUUUAUAUUAGUACCGUUUUUCUACGAUGACGCACUUUAGCACAACAAACCGUACUAAACAUUAAGCGUUUUAGAAAGAUCUUAUAAUGCAGUGUAUCACUGAAGCUGCGUAUUUUCUUAAUACGUUAGCAUAAAGAGCACUGUACGACGUUAGCUUCGCCAGCAUGGCAGAGUACAUACACAGUCUCACAUACGACUGUGGUACAGAUCAGAACACGUGAUAGCCUCCGCCAACGGCAAUCUACGGCACGCGACCAAGGACACACUCUCUCUCGUAUUUCUACUUGCGUAUUACGAAAUUAAAAUUAUAGUUUCAUUGACCCACUACAGUAAAGAUAGCUCCAUAGCACAUCAUUAUUCAGUUCUACAGAAUCAGCUGAACCACCAUGGGAAAAGGAAAGAAGAAGAAAACUCCUCCGGCUCAGGAGGCGGCUAGUUCAGGGACUCCCCCACAGCGAUCUCAAGCCGAAGAGGCAGUUUCAGAUAGACAAGCCACGAAGAAGGUGCCAGUGAAACAGGCACAAGAAGUGGGAGAAGCUAGUGGUGCAUCCGCAGUGGCUUCUACUACCCAUCCUGCACGAGAGCAAAGAGUUGCUGAACGUCUGCCUGAAGCUCUACCACGUCAUCCACCCAUUCAGGAAGCUGGGGCAGCUCAGUUACCACAGCAGAGAGCACCACCAGUGGCAUAUCUCUCAGAUCAAACUGCAUUUCCUCCUCAACGUGGCCGAGGUUACAGUUACGGCCGAGGACAAGAUCGUGGCCACGGCCACAGUCGCGGUCGUGCUCGUGGCCGUGGCGGUGAUUACGGGCACGAUGGUGGUGACAGGAGGCCAUUUUCGCCACAACAGGAGGCUGUGCAGCAAGUGGCUGCUGCUCAGCCAGGUAGUGAGGCGCCUCACCAGUGGCAGCAACGCCAGCAGUCGCAGCAGCAGUACUGGUCGCAGACACCUGCCCCGGAAUGGCGAGGAAGAGGUAGGGGAAGGGGUGGAGGGAGAGGGAGAGGCACUCCUCAGCCAUUCUCACCAACAGGAGACACUUUCCAAACUCGGGGUGCACCUGGUGCCAGGGAAUCGCCCUUUGCUCCUAGCAGUGCACCACCUGGGCUGCCACAGCAGCAGGGACCACUGCCUGCACAGCAAAUGCAGUAUAGUGGACCACCUCACCAGCAACAGCAGAGACCACCACAUGAACAACAAAUGCAACCCAGGGAGCGACCUCUACAACAGCAGCAGAGACCACCAUCUGCACAGCAAAUGCAGGCGGAGGGAGCACAUCGGCAGUCACCUAGGCAGCAGCACCCACAGAGCCAAAAAGAUGAUGACAUUUCUCAGAAAAUGAAAAAUUUGUCGUUAGACACUUUAAAUAUGCCAGUUCGCCCUAACAUUCUUGAAGGAGGUUCAAAGGGCAGGAAAACAGUGGUUGACACAAAUCAUUUUAGACUAGACCUCAGUAAAUUGAAGAACAAGACUGUCAUGCAUUAUGAUGUGGCAAUCAGUCCUGAUCGCCCUAAACGUCUAUUCAGGUCUGCCAUUCUAGCAUUACAACAGGCUUAUUUUCCCACUAGACAUCCUGCGUUUGAUGGCAGAAAGAACAUGAUCGCCUCGAGCUAUUUGCCACAUCUUGGACGAGGUGAAGAAUUGACUGCAACAGUAACAGUUAUGGAUGAGGAAAAGAAUCUUCCAAAGGAUUUUGAGAUCAAAGUGAAGUUGGUUGAUGAAGUUGACUUGACAUGCUUGAAUAGUUACAUGAGAGAAGAAACAAAUCUUGUUUUGCCACAAAAAGCUAUUCAAGUGCUGGAUAUUGUAAUACGCAAUGCUCCUGCACAAAGGUUUACUCAAGUUGGUCGCUCAUUUUUUACAACACCAAAAGAAGUUCUCCCUCUAGGAAAUGGAAUGCAUAUGUGGUUGGGAUUUUAUCAAAGUGUUAUCCUUGGUUGGAAACCAUUUUUGAAUGUUGAUGUGGCACACAAAGGAUUUCCAGCAGAUAAAAAUGUUAGUGAGAUUAUGGCUGAAGUAGUUGGAUCAAGAAAUGCUACAUUCAACCCUGAUGUUGAAUUAAAUCGGGACCAAGUAGCAGAUUUAACAGCUUUCCUCAGAGGUCUUAAAGUGGAGUACAAAUUGCCAGAUCAGACAACAUCAAAACGCGUAUAUCGUGUGAACUCAGCUGUUUUAAGUGCCAGGAGGCAGGAAUUCAAAUUGGCUGACGGGAGACCAAUAACUGUACAGGAAUAUUUCCGAAGAGAGAAGAAAUACACUUUAAAAUAUCCAAAUUUGCCUUGUCUUCAUGUUGGAGCACAAAAUCGAGCCACUCCAAUAUUUCUACCAGUUGAGUUAUGCACAAUAGUGAAGGGACAAGUUACAUUUAAAAAAAUGAAUGAGCCGCAGACCUCAGCUAUGAUCAAAUAUGCUGCAACCUCAACUGUUGAAAGAAAAAGCAAGAUUGAUCACUCUAUUCGUCAAGCAGACUACAACAGUGAUGCCGGUAUCAAGGAAUUUGGAAUUUCGGUCAGUAGUCAGUUUGAAAGUGUCAAUGCAAGAAUUUUGGAUGCACCACAAAUAAUAUAUGGUAAUGAGAGAAAGGUUCAACCAGAGGGAGGUAAAUGGCAGGCACAGCCUUUUCUAAGGAGCAGGUCACUGGAGAAUUGGGUGAUUAUCAAUUAUCGUACACGUAUCUCCACAGAUGAUCUAUGGAGAUUUGGUGAGCAAAUGAAAGAUGUGGGUAAAAAAUUGGGUAUGGCGAUCACCACACCACAGGAUGUUAUUCCAUUGGAUAGAAGGUUUCAACCAUACAAACUGAGUGGCCUACUGGAGAGUUUGAAAGACUCAGGAGCAGAACUUGCUGUUGUUGUUAUUGAUGAUAGACGUGCAGACUAUGCCCAAGUGAAACAGUUUGCAGAGUUGCAAGUUGGUCUUCUCACACAGUGCCUUAAGUGGAAGACUGUUUCACGAUCCAAUUACAGCACUGUACAAAAUAUUUUACUGAAGGUGAAUUCAAAACUAAAUGGAGUGAAUCACAACCUGGCACCGCUUAUCAGACCUCCAUGUCUUCAUGAACCGAUCAUGAUCAUAGGAGCAGAUGUGACACACCCAUCACCAGACCAGAGAAAUAUUCCUUCAGUAGCUGCAGUUUGUGCAAGCCAUGAUCCUGAUGCUUUCAAAUACAAUAUUCAGUACCGUCUUCAACCGCCAAGGACAGAAAUUAUUCAAGAUCUCAAGGAAAUAAUGACUAAGCAUCUUAUGUUUUUCUACAAAGAGACACGGCAUAAGCCCAGGCGCCUGAUAUUUUACAGAGAUGGUGUGAGUGAAGGACAGUUUGCAAUGGUUCUCAGAGAAGAACUAACACAAAUACGAAAUGCCUGUCGUGGCUUGGAAGAAUCAUAUGAACCUCCAAUUACAUUCUUGGUUGUGCAAAAGCGCCACCACACACGUUUCUUCCCAAAGAAACGAGAAGAUGAAGAUGGCAGAAAUAAAAAUGUACCUGCAGGAACUAUUGUGGAUACUAGUAUAACACAUCCCAGGCACAUUGAUUUUUAUCUCGUCAGCCAUGCCAGUAUACAGGGUGUAAGUCGGCCAACAAAGUAUCGCACAUUGUGGGAUGAUUCUAAUAUGGACAUUGAUGAGUUGGAAGAACUGACAUAUUACCUGUGCCAUCUGUUCUCACGGUGUACACGCAGUGUGUCAUAUCCUGCCCCGACAUACUACGCUCACCUUGCAGCAUUCCGAGCUCGCAUGUAUAUUGAGGGGCAAACUAUAAACUUGGACAGAUUGCCACAUGAGCAAGCUCAGAGGAUCAUUAAAGACAACAUAAUUAAAAAUUCUCCCAUGUUUUUUGUAUAGAGAAAUAAUGUUCCUGACAUCACUGUAGAAACAACUAGCAAUUUAUCUUAAUAUAAGUGAUGUGAAAUUGUUCCUAACAUCACUGUAAAAAGAAUCAGCAAUUUCUCUUAAUGCAACUUGCUGUCAUUAAAAGAGACAGUAUGCAACAGUGAAAUAAUUUUCACUUGUGUGUGUGUGUGUGUGUGUGUGUGUGUGUGAGAGAGAGAGAGAGAGAGAGAGAGAGAGAGAGAGAGAGAGAGAGAGAGAGAGAGUAAUGCACAUAACUGGCUAUUAAAAUUGAAACACCAGGGAGGAUAGCAGACAAAGAAAUUUUACUUACUGUUCACAUACAGUAUAUUGGGGAGAAUACUGGCAGUCCAUUUCUCUUUGCUACUGCAUCAAGGGAAGGCGGAACAAUGUUUGACAAGCUGACAGGCUUUGGUGUUCCAGACAUCGUCACACUAUAUACUUGUCUUGCUGUGAACAAGCAAAUGUACUGAUUUUAGUUACAUGAAGUGGAUGUAUGAUUCUGCACAGCUGAGUGAACAAUGUCUACACUGAUAUCCACAUCUGUUCUCUAAAAACCAGUGUGAAGUGCAUGGCAGGGGAGUACUACUCGCUGUACCAGUUACUUGAGGUUUUUUCCCCAUUCCAUUAUUCCAUUUGUGUAUGGAGAGUGGGAACUGCCUCCUUAUGUAAUUGAUCUAAUCUUGUCGUCUUAAUCCCUAUGGGAGCUAUAUGUAGAGGGUUAUUUCCUUGAGUCAUCAUUUAAAGCCGGUUCCUGAAACUUUAUAAGUUGGCUUUUCAGGAUAAUUUACAACUAUCUUCAAGAAUCUGACAUUUCAGUUUCUUCAGCAUCUCUGUGAUGCUCCCACACAUAUCAAAGAAACCUUUGACCAUUUGUGCUGCCCUUCUCAAUGUGUCUGCCCUCUCAGGUGCUAGUCUUGUGGGGCCAUUAAGAUCCUUUGUGGCAUUGAGUAUGCCCUUCCUGAACUCAUCAAUUCCAUUGCUGUAUGACAGUUGUGGGAUCCCAACCAAUGCAAACAGAAAUAUUGCGGAACAAUAAACCACAAUCUCACUGAGCCACAAGCUUGCUGCUGUGAAAUUCUGACACACGUUGCUGGAUGUUAUGCUUCUUACACAAGGCAUAAUGUAAUCUUCUAUCAAACAAUGAACAUUCAAAUGAGAUUUCUGAAUUAGAAAGUGAUUGUAUGAUCUUUUCUUACCUACAGAUACAGCCGGUAUUAUUUCUACCUGUGCUGUAAGGUUGUGCUGAAAUGCUGAUCAUUUGCAUAUCCGAGAAAAUAGUAUAACCUCAUGUUAAUUUGUCAUAUGUUGCACGCUGUCAUUAUGAUGUUGCAAUUUUUAUGGCCAGCAGUGUGUAAAUUUCAAAAUUUUCCUGUUACUGACUGUUUUUUUAAUUUUGGAUAAUAUGGCAUUUGAAAACUUGUAAUGGCUGAGGAAAUAUGGUAAUGUCAAUAUUUUAAAGAAUCUGACACUGAAUCAGAAAGUAAUAAUUGUUUUCAAUACUUGACAAAAUAUUUUUAUUUUUUGUCAUUUUUGUAUCACUAAUGGUGUUCAUGCUAUGCAAAUUGUUGUGAUUUAAUUAUUUUUCUUUAUUCUUGUUGUCUUGUUACACAUUGUUCUUUGUAUUUUCAUGUAGUGUUGUAAUAAUUACUAAAUAUCUUUGACAUUGUGUCAACAGCUGAUCUGAACUGUUAUUCUGAAAUAUCAGGUUGCCAAAAACACUUGUAAAUCUUUUUAUUAAUUACUGAUGUUGACAUAUCUGUUAUGUCAUCAACGGAUCAUGUAACAUAUUGACACAAAUGCAUGAUCUUUAUAAACUUGCAAGUCACAUAGAAACGUUGCAUUAUUUUUACAAUAAAUUAUGUUCCUUGCUACCUUUUAUAGUAAAAUGACGCAACAUCACUGUGUGACUUGCAAGUUUUAAAAAGAUGAAGUGAUCACAGAUCUGAUGAAGAUCAGAUGAAACUGGUAAUCAAUAAAAAGAUUUACAUGCGAUCUUGGUAUACCCUAUAUUUCAUAAUAACUAUUCUUUGAUUUUUCUCUUUAUCAGUCUUGUUAACUAUGGUGUAUGGGAAAGUGUUUAAUUAAAAUAUUAUCUUCUCUGUAUGAUUCAAAUGAUUACUUAUAAUUAGUCAAUCAUGGACACUUACAGUGUUAAUCACUGCAAGUGGUCUGUCUUCGGAACAUACGAAUUUUCAGUAGGUUAUGGGCUAAGAUACACAGAAGUUAAGAACUGAAUAAACAAUUAUUCAUCAGU